CAAGCCAACACGCUCACUUACUAUAAUACGCUAUAUAACGCGGCUGCGAUGGUUCAUUCACUGCUCGUCCGUUUGCGCGCGCUCACCUCUCGUCGCUUAUACUACUACUACUACGACGACGACUCGUCGCGUAUACUCUAAACUCGUAACUAUCGUCGGGUGUAUAUCAGUGCUGUACUAGUCCUCUCGCUCUGCGUGCAUUACACACACAUAUACAACACUCGCACGCACACGUCAGUCAGACACACACGCAAACACAAGCUCCUGCCCAUUCAAGUCUACGCUUGCAGUUCUCGCUCUUCGCGGCGCGCUUCGUGUAUAUGUGCAGUUGUGUGUAGUACGUAUAUAUAUAGCACACACGUGUGUCGACUGUGCGGCUUGUUUCUGCACGCGUAGUAAUAAUACGGCCAGUCGUCGUACGACAGCGGCCGAAGUUAGUAAUAAAUACAUAGUGGUGGUGUGCGUGUUUUUUUUUUUUAUACACUUGGAUUUUCCUGCUCCGACCGCGCGAGAGUGCGCUAUUACUUGUCGAUUGCGGUGCGCGAGUGCAACGAAAAAAAGCAAAAAAGCAAAAAAAAAACGUUGUUGUAAAUAGUCGCAAGAAAGUUUUGUAAAUGGUGUGAAGUGCUUUAUAUAUACGCGAACGAACAAGUGCCACUACUAUCCAACUACUUGCAAUCGCUGACCGAUAUAUGCGUAUCCACUCAAAUACGCAUCAUACACAUAUGUACGUAUUUAUGAGCGAUUGCAUAUAUGUACGCUUACAUAUAUCUGAUAAUCAAUCGGAUACAUCGUCGAAGAAGCAGCAACGAGCUCACUACUACUGCUACGAUCGCAGCCGAUCGGCACAUCUUCCUACGUAAUAAUUCACCGCUGCCGCUGCAGCUGCGGAUUUCGCAAUAGCUCGUUGCGCGUAUCCCUCUCCUCGAGCUCUCCUCUCUUGGCGGCUUACAUAUACGCGUAUAAUCAACGGUGUAGCGUGUGUAACGAGCAUCGAGUAGUCGAUUUUUUCUUCUUCGCAAAGACGAUCGUCGUGCGUGCGCUAGCAAAAAUGCAGCUGACGACUCAGACGCUCUUCGCCGCGCUCUUUAUCCUGUGGAGGUGCAGCCCGACAGCCGAGGCGGUGCUAUCGCCCGAGUCUCUGCUGGGUCUGUCGUUCGACGACGAGACCGGCGAGGAGCUCUUCCGACAUCUCGAGGCGUACUCCUCGUCCUCCACGACGACGACGACUACGACGACGCCCGCAUCGAUCGGUAUCAGCAAUCAACAUCGGCGUCAUCGCAACAGGCAGCAGCAUCUGCGCGACAACAACGAAUUGAUACACGACGACGAUUACGGCAAUCGCAACAGGAUUCAGCAUCGCCAGAAAGACACGACCAUCGUGCUGAUCGAGGACGAGGCGGCCGGCAACGUGCACGGUCCUGUCAGUUCUGGCCUGUCCAAUAGCCACCAUCACAACAACAACAACAACAGACGACACUCGACGAACAAGAGACGCUUCAACAAGGACCCCGUGAUCCUCUAUCAGAUAGGCAGCAGCGAGGAGGACUUGCCGGAAUGCAGCGAGAAAAACGAGGUCUGCAGCAAAGUCGAUCUCUACGGGGAUCCGUGGAUCGAGAAACAGUGCCGCUGCCAGCAGGGCAGCCAGUGCUCGUCGAGUCUGCACGCCGACGACGGCCACACCGUCGUGGACAAGACGCGGCAGUACAAGCUCUGCGAGCCCGUCAAGCGACUGCCGAUCUGUCGAUACUUCAAGGACGUGACCUGGACGAUCGCCCCUGGUAGCGACCCAAAUAACUCGACCAUCCAGAAAGUCAAUUGCCGCUGCAGGCCAGGCAGCGUGGCGUAUCUGCUCAAACGUCAGUUCUACAUGAAAGACAACGGCCAGCCCGGCUUCAUCUAUUCGUUCGCUUGCUCGCCCCAAAGCCGCAUGAGGUGCCAAGCCAAGGAGCCCUGCCGCCUGUUCACGGUGCACAAGAAGACGUCGACGGCGCAGGCCCUGGCCCAGGGCCUCGAGGACGUCAAUGCCUCGCCCCUGUGCAUGUGCCAGAAGGGCUACAGGUGUCCCAAGAGGCACACGGAUCUGGGCUCGCUUCCCUCGCCCUACUACGGCGAGGGCAUGGGCGUCAAGGUCUUCAGCGGUCACUGCGUGCCCCAGAGGCACCCGCCCGAGCCCGUCUACACCCUAGUUUGACAUUCCUAAUAAUUUUUAUCGAUAAAUUAAACUAAACUAAAAAGAAAAAAAAGAAGAAUGCAGCAGUGCACACAGCUCCAGAGAGGAGUCUGUCCAGCUGCUGCAGUGUGUUGUGCUCCGAUCGAUUUUUCCGAUCGCCGAUGACGAAGAAGAAUUUGGCACACACACGAACGAGCGUGUAUUAUUAACAAAGCAACGAGUCUUCCAUAUUUACAACUCACGAGCGAGUUUAUUCAUUUUUAACUAUAAUAAUUAUAAUUAUUAUUAUAUGAGAUUGACUGAUUGUGUAUAGGGUCAUAUAUGUUAUAUAUAUUAUAUAUUACGUUUAUCAAUAAUGUAUCGCGUUGGAGUCAUGUAAAAUGACGUGCGCGUAUUUGAAGAAAAAAAAAUUACAAUAAUUGUAUCGACGCAACCGAGGGUUUAAAACAAGCCGAAUAAUUAGGUGCGAGAGAAGCGGCGCGACGGGUCAGUAUUACAUAGAACGUUUUUAUGUAUGUAUAUUGUAUUAAUUAAUAUAUUGUGGCCUACUUUUGCCACCCUACCUCUCUCUCAGCGCUUCGUAUAUAGAUAUUAAAAAAAUCAUGUGUAUAAAUACUCUCUUUCUCUCUCUAACUCUCGCCAUCGACGCGUGUGUUUGAGCUUUACUAGUAUUUUAUUUAUUUAUUUUUUAAUUUUAAUUUUGAGCUUGCUCGAGAGCACACGAUGGGGGUCUUUUCCGCGCAUAAUACUUGUCGUGUAAUUCGAGAGAAAAGAAAAUAGCUUUAAACAUCAAGAAAUUUAAAACGUUUUUUGUUGUUUUUCUUUUAAUAAUCUUAUGAAGGAAAAAAUGUUUUAUAUGCAGAGUGUGGAUGAAUGGACGAAGCGAGAAAAAAGAUUAUUAUUUUAUCGGAAUCUUGUGUAUAAAUAUACCUUAUGAUAUCUUAUGAUCGUUGAUUUUGUAUAGAAAGGAAAGCAUUCGCACACACCGACGUUAAACGUAUGAAAAAAUAAAACUUGUGUAUACAUUCUAAGGCUACUAGAUAGAAUUAUUAUAUUAUUCAAUGCAUUUAGGUAGGUAGAUAGAAUUAUCGUUGACCGUGGCGAAACGAUGAAAAUAUUUUGUUUCUUUUGAAAUUUUAUGACACAUAAACGAAUGCUACGAAAAAGAGAGUGUUUUUUUUUAUUAUUAUUCUUUUUGAAAGAAGCAGCUUACUACGAGCUAAGAACGAUCAACUUUUUAUUUAUCAAAAAAUCAACUACAAUUAAUGCUGUAAAAUUGAGAUGAUUUUUUUAAAGGGUGUCUCCCCCAACAGUCUGUAAUCGUAACAAUUUAAACCUGUAUAUCGUCAAUAUUAUAUAUUAAACGAAUGAAUGAUUAUAAAAAAGUAAUAACGAUAUAGGUUAUCAAUAUUGUUUUAUUCGUAUUAUAUCGUGAAUGACAAAUAUGUAAAUAUGAAAAAAUCACAAAUUUAUAAUGGAUAAAAAAAUGUCGAAUAGGAUAUAUUAUAUAUCGAAUGCGUAUCAAGAAUGUAUAGAGAAAUAGUCGAUUUGAUAUCGGCGUUACUCCUGUUUCUAUAUAAAAAUCUAUAAAAAUAAUUACAUUUUAAUAAAAUAUAUGACGAUGCUGU